GUUUCUGAGGGUCACGAAGAAGAAUCUGUACCUAACUCCUUGAACACCAAGGGAGGCAUGUCUGCCUGGGUCACUGAAUCUUGGGAAACAAAAAUGAGGCACAAUCAGAUGUGUUGUGAGACGCAACCUACUGUCACUGUUCAUGUAAAAUCAGGAUCAGAUAGAUCACAUCAGCCUAAACAACUCGUUAAUCUAAAGCGUCCUGUUUUUAAAGAUAGUUGGCAAGCAUCUGAAAAAAAUGCACAUAAUAACAGCAAAUCUACAUACCUGAAAGGACCUUGUUUAGUUAUACAGCCUCAGGAAAUGACUGCUUUCUUUAAAUUAUUUGAUGACGAUUUAAUUCAAGAUUUCUUGUGGAUGGACUGCUGCUGUAAAAUUGCAGACAAGUAUCUUUUGGCUAUGACCUUUGUUUAUUUCAAGAGGGCUAAAUUUACUAUAAAUGGGCAUACCAGGAUAAAUUUCUUUACUGCUCUGUACCUCGCUAAUACAGUUGAAGAAGAAGACGAAGAAUCCAAGCAUGAAAUUUUUCCCUGGGCUUUAGGGAAAAACUGGAGAAAACUUUUCCCUAAUUUCUUAAAGUUAAGGGACCAGCUCUGGUAUAGGAUUGACUGUAGGGCUAUUGUAAGCAGGCAAUGCUGUGAGGAGGUUAUGGCCAUUGCACCAUCCCAUUAUAUAUGGCAACGAGAACGCUCUGUGCAUCACAGUGGAGCUGUCAGAAGGUACAACAGAGAUGAAGUUCAAUUGCCCCGGGGACCUAGUGCCAAACCAGUAGAUUGUUCACUCUGUGGUAAAACAGGAAGAAAAAGAUAUGUUAGACUGGGAUUGUCUACAUCAUCAUCAUCCAGUGAUACAGUAGAGGUGAUGGAAAAACAUUCUCAGGAGUUACACAACUCAGUCUCAAUGGAUAUAAUAGUUGAUCCUUCUCAAGCUUGUAGCUAUUCUCAAGUAGCCAAUGACCAUCACUCAAAUGAAGAGGAAACCAAUUUCAUGAAGACAGACAAGUCUAUGGAGUGGUUUACUGGAAGUGAAGAAUGAGAUGGCUCAAGGAAAGCAACUUGGAAUCAUUCGCUACAUAAUGUCAAACUGCAAGACAAGUGUCCAAAUGAGACAUUUAGGCAGUUCUGAAAUGUUACAUAUCUUUCUUCAGCUUUUGUUACUUUUUCAAAAUUGUCUGUAAAAGCUAUAAAAAUCAUAGUAAUAGUUAAAAAUACCAAUCUAUGAAAGUAGUGGUUUGCAACACAAAGUUCUAUUCUGAUCCUCUUCUGUAUUCAAAUCAGUUGCUGUCAUCUGGGGUACUCAGUUAAAUUGUGGUUUGAACUUCCUCUACUUGACAAGAAAAGCUGAUUUAAGAGAGGAAAAAAAGUAAGUCAUGAAUUAGAAGAAAAAACACCAUUUAAUAUAAAUAGUCUGAAAACAUGGCUCACCUGUAUGACCAGUGUGCCAGUGUUUAGGUCUAGCAAUAUGGGGAAAUGAUCCAUAUGGAAAAUCAGAAUGGGAAUCUUCUGUUGGAGAACAAAAUAUGCACUAUGAGCUACACAAAAUAUUUUAUAAAUUGUUCACAAAAACUGUUAAAAUAAAAAUUACUGUCGCUUUACUCUAA